GAAGCAGGAAUGGCUUCAAACUUGUGGUCAGAGGAUCAGUUCAGCUGUCCAGUGUGUCUGGAGAUAUUGAAGGACCCAGUCACUACAGCAUGUGGACACAGUUACUGUAUGGGGUGUAUUAAGAACUACUGGGAUCAAACUGAUCAUACAGGUGUCUAUAGCUGCCCCCAGUGCAGAGAGACCUUUACCCCAAGGCCUGUUCUACGCAGAAACACCAUGCUGGCUGAAGUUGUGGAGAAAUUAAAGAAGACAGGACUCAAUCCUCCUCCUGCUCAAAGUUAUGCUGGACCUGGAGAUGUGCCAUGUGAUUUCUGCACUGGGAGAAAGUUCAAAGCUGUGAAAUCCUGUUUGACGUGCCUGGCCUCUUACUGUGAAACACACGUCAAGCCACACAGUGAGGUUACUCCAUUAAAGAGGCACAAGCUGGUCAAUGCAAUUGGAAAUCUGGAGCAGAAGCUUUGUGCUGAACACCAAAAGGAUUUGGAGGUGUUCUGCAGAACCGAUCAGAUGUGUAUUUGCUUGUUGUGUUCACAAAUUGAACACAAGAGCCAUGAUAUAGUCUCAGCUAAGAAAGAAAGGAGUGGGAAACAGAAGCAGCUGGGAGAGACACAGACAGAAAUACAACAGAGAAUCCAGGAGAGACUGAAAGAAAUUGAGGAGUUGAAACAGACUAUGGAGUCACUGAAAAAAUCUGCAUGCAUAGAAAUAAAGGAAAGUGAGAAGAUCUUUACUGAGCUGAUCCAAUCCAUUGAGAAGAUCCACACUGAGGUUAUUGAGCUGAUUGGAGCUAACGAGAAGGCUGCAGUGAAUCAGGCUGAAGGACGCAUGAAGAAACUGCAGCAGGAGAUUGCUGAGCUAAGGAGGAGAAACGCUGAGCUGAAACAGCUUUCAGAGACACAGGAUCACAUCCAUUUUCUACAGAAUUUCCAGUCUAUCUGUGCCCCUCCUGAAGCUGAAGACUUACCCAGCAUUACUGUCAAUACAGACAUCUCUUUUGGAGCUGUGCGGAAAGCUGUAUCUGAACUUAAAGACCAUAUUGAGGACUUCUGCAAGGGGGAAUUAGUCAAAAUAACCACAACAGUGAAUGAAACAGCAGUUUAUACCCUGGGGUCUAGUAGCAGUGACAGACGUUUCAAAGUGAAUGAAGUUGCAGUUUACAGUCUGCAGGCUCCAGAGCCAAGGAACAGAGCUGAGUUUUUAAAAUAUUCCUGUCAGCUCACUCUCGACCCCAACACAGCGCAUACAAACCUCUGUCUGUCUGAAAGGAACAGAAAGGUGACAUGCAGGAUUGGGAGCCAGGGAUGUCCUGAUCACCCAGAGAGAUUUGACAUCAAGGCCCAAGUGCUUUGCAGAGAGGGUUUGUCUGGGACUCGCUGUUACUGGGAGAUUGAGUGCAGUGGCGGAGCGGCUUCUAUAGGCAUCACAUAUAAAGGAAUCAGCAGGAAAGGAGAGGAUCAUUCCUGUGGCCUUGGAUGCAAUGACAAGUCCUGGAGUUUGUUCUGCUCUGGUUCCAGUUACACUGCCUGGCACAAUAACAAUCACACUGCAAUAACUGCCCCCCGCUCCCCCAGAAUAGGAGUGUAUCUGGACUUUAAUGCCAGCACUCUAUCAUUUUAUGGCGUCUCUGACACAAUGACCCUCCUGCACAGAUUCCAAACCACAUUCACCGAGCCGCUCUAUCCUGGGUUGGGGCUUUAUGAUUAUGAUUCCCCUGUAACAAUCUGCCAGCUGAACAUGAGCCCAUUUAACUGGGUGAUCAGUCCAACCAACACAUUGUCUGGUUCAGCAUUUAAAUGUGAGAAUGACAUCCCUUCAGGACUGCUACAUUCAAAUAGAAUCCGGCAGUGCUUGACCACAUGGCUGCAGGCUGGGCAGGUCUUUGACCUUAUCAUUGAUAACCCAAUCAGACAGGAGGCUGGACACUGUCCUGAGAGCCCUGAGCACCUGUGUGACCUUACAGCUAAAGAGUGUGAUAGCCAGUCUCUCUGUAUCACUGGAGCAAGAAUGGCUUCAAACUUGUGGUCUGAGGACGAAUUCAGCUGUCCAGUGUGUCUGGAGAUAUUGAAGAACCCAGUAACUACAGCAUGUGGACACAGUUACUGUAUGGGGUGUAUUAAGAACUGCUGGGAUCAGACUGAUCAUACAGGUGUCUAUAGCUGCCCCCAGUGCAGAGAGACCUUUACCCCAAGGCCUGUUCUGCGUAGAAACACCAUGCUGGCUGAAGUUGUGGAGAAAUUAAAGAAGACAGGACUCAAUCCUCCUCCUGCUCAAAGUUAUUCUGUACCUGGAGAUGUCCCAUGUGAUUUCUGCACUGGGAGAAAGUUCAAAGCUGUGAAAUCCUGUUUGACGUGCCUGGCCUCUUACUGUGAAACACACGUCAAGCCACACUAUGAGGGGGCUGCUUUUAAGAGGCACAAGCUGGUCAAUGCAAUUGGAAAUCUGGAGCUAAAGCUUUGUGCUGAACACCAAAGGAUUUUGGAGGUCUUCUGCAGAACCGAUCAGAUGUGUAUUUGCUUGUUGUGUUCACAAGAUGAACACAAGAACCAUGAUACAGUCUCAGCUGAGAAAGAAAGGACUGAGAAACAGAAGCAGCUGGGAGAGACACAGACAGAAAUACAACAGAGAAUCCAGGAGAGACUGAAAGAAGUGGAGGAGCUGAAACAGGCUGUGGAGUCACUGAAAAAAUCUGCAUGCAUAGAAAUAAAGGAAAGUGAGAAGAUCUUUACUGAGCUGAUCCGAUCCAUUGAGAAGAUCCACACUAAGGUUAUUGAGCUUAUUAGAGCUAACGAGAAGGCUGCAGUGAAUCAGGCUGAAGGACGCAUGAAGAAACUGGAGCAGGAGAUUGCUGAGCUAAGGAGGAGAAACACUGAGCUGAAACAGCUUUCAGAGACAGAGGAUCACAUCCAUUUUCUACAGAAUUUCCAGUCUCUCUGUGUCCCUCCUGAAGCUGGAGACUUACCCAGCAUUACUGUCAAUACCGACAUCUCUUUUGGGGCUGUGAGGAACGCUGUAUAUGAACUUAAAGACCAUAUUGAGGACUUCUGCAAGGGGGAAUUAGUCAAAAUAACCAAAACAGUGAAUGCAACAGCAGUUUAUAGACUGUGGUCUAGGAGACGUGGUAGACGUUUAACAGUGAAUGAAGUUGCAGCUUACAGUAUGCAGGCUCCAGAGCCACGGAACAGAGCUGAGUUUUUAAAAUAUUCCUGCCAGCUCACAAUGGACCCCAACACAGUGCAUAGACAGCUCUGUCUGUCUGAAGGGAACAGAAAAGUGACAUGGGGAAAGGGCCAGCGAUGUCCUGAUAACCCAGAGAGAUUUGACAGCUAUGCCCAGGUGCUUUGCAGAGAGGGUUUGUCUGGGGCUCGCUAUUACUGGGAGAUUGAGUGGAGUGGGGAAGAGGCUGAUAUAGGAGUCACAUAUAAUGGAAUCAGCAGGAAAGGAGGGGAUGAUUCCUGUCUCAUUGGACUCAAUGACAAGUCCUGGAGUUUAAUCUGCUCUGGUUCCAGUUACACUGCACAGCACAAUAACAAUCAAACUGCAAUAACUGCUCCCCUCUCCCCCAGAAUAGGAGUGUAUCUGGACUUUAAUCCAGGCACUCUGUCAUUUUAUGGCGUCUCUGACACAAUGACACUCCUGCACAGAUUCCAAACCACAUUCACUGAGCCGCUCUAUCCUGGGUUUAGGCUUGAUUGCUAUGAUUCCACUGUAACAAUCUGCCAGCAGAACUAGCUAGAAUUCCCACAGCAAGUACUGAUAAGACUCUCUUAAGGUGUUUGUAGCUAACUAAAUGUUACUGUUUAAUCUGUCAGGUUAGUGUUUUUGUAAUUGUAAACACUCACAACUGGAAAGCUGUUUCAUCAUAAAAUGUUCAAUAUGUCCUGAGUAUUUAUUGAUUACAAACACAUAAAUAGCACCAAGUGGCAGACUUAGUUGGCAUCUCUGCACAGUGCUAGAAUUCCCACAGCAAGAACUGAUAAGUAUCUCUUAAGGUGAUUGUAGCUAACUAAAUAAUUCCACAAUGUGUUCCUAUAUUGCACUUCCAUGGCUCCAUAGGACUCAAAUGUUCAGCUUUGAAAAGCAUGAGAUCUGGUGUUACUUGAGGUUAAAUAAAGUUCUCAGUUUCUAUGCCUUAUUCUCAGGGUGCAUGUUUACUAUAGCAGGUGUUUCUUUUAACACUGCAUAUUUGAGACCUAUAUAUAGAAUGGAAGUGCACAACAGGUGAGAUUCAUGGGAUUAAUUUGUCAGCUCCAAUCCCUAUCAAUGUGAGAUUGUGUAAAUAGCAGCUCACAAUACUUGCCAUGUCAAAGGAAUGUCAAUAUAGUUUCUAGCAGAUUCCUGUAUACAGUAAGAUCCUGUUAGCUGAACAGUGUUUGAACUUGUUGCUAGGAGGCUGUGUGGCCCAGUGGUUAAAGAAAAGGGCUUAUAAACAGGAGGUCCCUGGUUCAAAUCCCACCUCAGCCACUGAUUCAUUUUGUGACCCUGAGCAAGUCACUUCACCUCCUUGUGCUCCGUCUUUCGGGUGAGAUGUAAUUGUAAGUGACUCUGCAGCUGAUGCAUAGUCACACACACUAGUCUCUGUAAGUUGCCUUGGAUAAAGGUGUCUGCUAAAUAAACAAAUAAUAUAUGAAGGUGUCAUUUUUAAAUAGUGUAUUAAUAUGUUGUAGAUGCUUAAAAGAUGAGUUUUUACAAUGCAUUAUAGAGCAAGUGAUACAGGGUAGUAACAGCAUUUACUAAUGUGUUAUAAAUACUGAAUAGAUGAUAUAAGAAAUCUGCAAUAAAUGAAAAUAUGAAACUGUAUAUUAGCUGUAAACAAAUCAGGACAAAUCAGAUUAAACACAAAUGAUUUACACUUCAUUGUCUGGGCCAUUUAUUUUGUAUUUUAAAUUAAUCUGUGUAUUGAAAAAGAUUUUUCAUUAUUUGUACAAAAAACAGAAACAGUGUCAAUAUGGUGUAGGGCCUCCAUGGGCAGCCAGCACGGCACUGAUUGGACGUGGCAGGUAGCGAUUCUGCAAGGUGCUUUUUAAAUUUUGCUGGAGGAAUACGGGACCAUUCCUCAAUGAUUACCAGCCUCUAAUUCCUUCAGGUUGUGUUGUAUUGGGGGUGGAAAUCUGCAGUCAAGUCAGAAUGGUCCAUACAUAGAGAGAGUCGCAUCAAUUUUGAGACUGUUCCUUGUGAAAAAGCCUCAGUAGUAGUUUGAGCACUUUUGAAAAUGGAAGCACCUGCCAACUAAGCACAAUAUUUAUUUAUUUUUGAUUAUUUGAACAAUAAUGUGAGUGAAAUAUCAUCACAAGAAAGAAGUAAUUUCCAUGGAUAUCAUAAAUCACAAUCAAAUUGCAUUACAUGUGCAAUCUGCCCACAGUGGAAAAGCAGAAACGUGUUUUAAGCCUGACCUUUGUCGCCCUCUUCAGGACAAACUCUGCAGCUGCACAGAGCCUGAUUGAAAGCAAUUCUUUUCACUUGGUGUGGUUCCAUUUGAAAUGUAGGGCCCUAUUCACACAAUCUUCAGGACUGUUCCAAGCACUGUUUUGUUAAAGACUCUUUAUGGUUUAAAUCAAGUUGUUUAGAGAGGGGGAGCAGUUUACUGUUUAUUAAUUUUAUUGUUUAUUAUUAUUCAAAGCACCGUUUAAGGUGAACAAUCCUUACAAUCAGGUUUUAAAUUAAAACCAAAGCAUGAAUGUAAAUAAGCACCAUUUUAAUAACCAUUUUUUUUACAUUUCUGUACUUCACUUAAUGCAAAC